CACACGCUCGAGCUCAAAUGACGCAUGGCAUUUAGCUGCGCUACUUUUUCCUCAGUUUUAACCGUUGAGUCGAAAAUGUCUCAAGUAUUUAUUAAGCGAUGAGAAAUUCAGCAAACAGCAGAUGUAUUUGCUAAUAUCGGGCUUAAUGUAAUGUUUCCACAAGGCAUUUUUCGACGGAAGACAAAUAAAAACUACAUUACCCAUGAUUCCCUCUGAGCUAACAAACUCAUGGUCAAAGGGCGAAAAAUAAUCAGAAUCGUUUGCUCCUACUGUUAGUAUGUCAAAUACUUAAUGUAUUAUCUAAAUAUGACGAUUAUUUGUUUCUAGGAGUUGUUGAAUUUCGAAAAAGUCGUAACGUUAAUAUUAUUCAACGUUAACCUACCACUUCCGCAUUAGCUAAGUUAGUGUUGAGAGCUCAAUUUUCCAGUUUUAGGAGUGCCCGGUUUUCCUUUGUUAUUCUGUCAGGUCAAACAAAGCUAAAAGUGUAGCAGCAAACACCACAGUGACACAGCAGACUUUUUUUAAAAGUAAAAUUGCCUUUUAAAGGAUAGAUUUGGCCAUGGCAUCAGACGGAUUAGGAGGACCAGAGAACCAGAGUGAUGAUGGGACCCACUUGACAGACACACCCCGUCCAGAGGCAGGGGUCCCCGCUGACAUUAACAGUGGUAAAGACACCCUAAAAGCCACAGCAGAGUCAGCAGAACGGGGUGAGGAUGGAGUCAAUGUGUGCCAGUUUUUCCUGAUGGGAAAGUGCCGUUUCGGCCACAGAUGUCGUUUGCCUCACAGUGACCCAUCCACAGAUGAUUCAGGGGCUGUGUCUCCUGAUCAGGAUGACAAACAGGAUCGAGAAAAGAUGGAAAAACACAAGAAGAAAGUGAACAAAGCAACAAAUCCAAAAUACAAUGAGGCAAAAGAGGUGAACAAAAAGCCUCGCAUGCGCACAGCAGAUGACGUUAUCUCUCGGAUCCUGUGGGACCCGUCGGUGGAUGCGUCAGAAUUUGUAGUUGGGUAUGUGGAUCGCUUCCUUGGAGUGCUGGAGCGUCCCUUCAAUGAUUUCAACUGGGACACCAACCCCUGCGACUGUGAUUACUCUGCUGAGCUGGCCCUGCCCAGACACAGGAUCCAGUACUUCACCUACAGAAGGCACCGCGUCUGGGACCGCCACAGCAGGACUGACAGGGUGUUUGGCUCCACCGGUCAAUCUCUGGCUCCCCCCUUUGGAAGGGAAGAGGAAGUAAAGGAAAUAAACACAGAUGACCAAGAGCAACAACAAGACCUCUUAAAAACAACAGAGGAGCAGCCACCUGCUGUCCGGGAGGAAGAGAGUGAAACAGAGGAGUGUACUCAUACCGAGAACACACAUCUGGAGGAAGAGAAGCCAAGUGAGAUGAAUAUUCACACCUGUGACUCAGCACAACCAGCUCCGAAGUGUAGAGUAAACACUUCUCAGGAACAAUGGGAAUCACGAGGGGCACGUGUUAAGGAGGAGGCUGCAAUUAGACUUGAGGCUUCAACAGACCAAAUGUCCUUAUCCCAAAAAGAGGGAGCAAGCGUAAAAGAGGAGGGUGAGGAAGAGACUUCGGCAGAAUGGAAAGAAAGCUGGGAAGACAAUGAAGAUGCUACGGUGAGUUAUCUCGCUGCCCUGAACAUCAGUCAGAAUCCAUCAGCACCUCUGGAGCAGAGAGAGGAGACGCGUGGCAGUCGCCCCCCUAAGAAGCGACCCACUCAUUUCAUCACCUUCAGAGCCAACACUCCCGCUAUCCUCUCCUCUUUCCAGCAGCUGCAGGAGGAGAUCACCUCCCUUCUACCCUCUUCUGCCCCUCACUGGCAGACCGCCUCCAUGCUUCAUGUCACCCUGUGCCUCCUUGUGCUGCCCGGCCCAGCUGAGGUAGCCGCUGCUGGGGAGAUCCUGCGACGGUUUGCCCAUUUUGAUCGUAACCCCCCGGUGGCUCUGACCUUCCCUGUGAAGCUGAAGCAUUUCAAUGGGAAGGUGCUGUUCCUGGGCCCCCAGCCUCAGCUUCACCUCCAGCAGCUCAACAGUGGCCUGCAGGAGGCCUACAAGAAGGCGGGCUGGCUCCACAGGGACUCCUACAACCCGCGCUACCACCUCACACUGGCCAAGGUAGAGGACAAGGAGGGAGACAGGAUUUUUGAAGGGGUGGGGUACCUGAAGGUGGGGAAGGGUUUGAAUUUUGGUCGUCUGCCAGUAAACACCUUACACCUUUGUGCCAUGGGCAGUUCCAAAGUAGAUGGUUUUUAUGAGACCGUGUGCACAGUAACUCUUCGAUGAUAGAAGAGUGUGCCAUUUCACACGCACACACUACAUACAUAUGUUGAUACUAGAGAGGUGCGACUGGGUGCACUACCUCUGACAUUUGCACUAGCCACGUGUCCUCAUCAACCAAGUCUGAUGUCUGUGUUUUAAGUUUUUAAGUUAAUUCAGAUAAGAUGCACUUUUAAAGAUAAACUGGUGAAAUACAUUUUUAUAGGAAGGCCUAAAGGGAGUAAAACUGAACUGCAGGGCUGCGGCACAAUGGCAAACACACUAUGUUCAAUUAUACUAAACUGUAUUAAGAUGCAAAAGGAUACAGUGGUCCCACUACACUUAAAUUUCAAGAUGACAAAUGAAUGUAGUCUACAUAGGGUAAUAAUACAGGGAAUUCAUAAUGCAAGCUGAUACAAUACACCCAGAACUUGCUAAAAGCACAGAUGUUUACUUUGCGUGGCUGAAAAGAAUAAUAUAAAGACUAAAAACAGAUUGGGCGAAGUACAUUAAUUAUACUUCACAAAGUCUAUUUUUCAUGUUAUAAUCCAAAGUUUCAUCAGUUUUCUUGUUGGCUUUAUUUGAUAGAAAAUAAAAAUACACUAUCAAGUGUAACAAUUGCUAAUUAAUACAAUUUUCAGAAUUACAACUGAAAUGAUUAGUCAAGUAAAAGACAAAAAUUCUGUACUUCUAGCUUCUCCAAUUUGAAGACAUCACCUUGGACUUUUUUCUCCCUAAAAUUUUAUUGAUCAAAAUGAAUAAUUUUAAUUGAGGAAAUAAUCAACAGUUUAAUUGAUAAUCACAACAUUAGUUGCAGCUCUAGUCGAAAUGGAACCCACAGUAUAAAUCAUCUGUCAGUGUAAACAUCACCUGCUGUAGAUAUAUAUAUAAAAAAUGCCUUAAAAAGAAUGUUAAUUAUUUUCCUCUAUUUAUUAUCUGUUGGGCCAAACAAGGUGUACAACUACACAGACAGGACAUAUGCACCUGCCAUAAAGGCGUAUGUAUAUGUCAUAAAUUGUUUAUGAGGGGAAAAAAUUACGUUUUCUUUACAGCCAUGAAUUAACCAAAGUGGUUGUAUUCUGCCGCUCAUUAUUCCAUGAUUUAUACAAUCUGUUUUAUAUGAAUAUUGUAUGGACUGUGUUCCACAAGACCGAUGACUUUGUAUGCUUUUCCAGUGAACUGUAACUUCUAGAUUGUCGAGGACAUUAAAUAUUGAACUGGUUAUUUUAAA